GUGUGAGCAUGUGGCGCCCCCUAGUGGCCGGUCUUUAAUGUUAACACUACAUGCUGCUUAGUAUUACGAGUCUUUUUCAUGUAUAAAUGGCCUUUAAAAUGUUUUCCAGACUCACUGCGUUAAAUCUCCGACGGAAGUCUCACCCAGCCGCCUUCAGUGCGUUAAAUCCGGGCUUCAGUUUAACGGUUGAACACGACCGACAGAACCGGCGCUUCACCGUCUCUCCGGGCAGCGGGGCAGACGGCCAUGCAGCCUGUGCGGUGCUGCUCUACAGAUUCACCGGAGAGAAGGAGGUGGACUUAAUGUCAACGUACGUACCGGAGACAUUUAGGGGCCAAGGUGUUGCUGCACAGCUGUCGCAGGCUGCCAUGGACUUCCUGGUUGAAGAAAACCUCAAGGCUCACGUCUCCUGUUGGUAUAUAAAGAAAUACAUCGAGGAUGACCCGCGACGGCGUUAUAAAGAAGUCGUCAUCACUUGACUGCAGUUUGUGCAGUAAAACCUGGGACCUCAAAUCAUCUACAACCUCAUGUUCUUAUCAUGCAGAGCUGUGGGGCCACAUGGAGGACGUACAAUGUGCCACACUUGAUCUGCAGCAUCCAAAAGUCAGGCUUUAUAUCAUAUUCAUAUUCUAGAAAUGUCUGAUUACAUCCAUUAAAGUUAGGCAUGGUAUAAUUCAUCCUGUUUCUAAAGAGACGUACAUUAACUUCAUGGUAAAUAAGAUAUAUAGAUUUUUCAAGAAACACUUUAUUUACAAAAAUAAAUGUAAACUCACAAAGUUUACAAAUAAAGUGCAAAGAAAAUCCCUUUCUGUUUUAAAAUACAUAUCUCUAUAUAUACACAUGUAUACACACACACACACACACACACACACACACACACACACACACACACACACACAUACACAUAAUUUUAUUUUUUUAUCCAACCAAAAAUUGUGCAAAGUGCAACUCAUCCUUAUCAAUAAAACAAACAAUAUUCUUGGAACACCAA